CUAGGGAUCAUCCUCUCCGGAUAUCCAUACUCUGCGCACGACGACGAUGCACCGCACGUGUACCCUGGUAUCUACGCUCUGGGCGUCCCUAUCCUUGGCAUGCGCUAUGCCUUCCAGGAGAUCUGCUGGAAUCACAAGGGACGGGUAGCAAAAUGCGAUCAUCGCGAAUACGGACUUGCAGAAGUUCAGAUCAGCAGGUCUAGUGAAUCGGUAAGCUCUGUUGACGCCCUGUUUGAAGGACUCGGCGAUCAGAUGCAGGUCUGGAUGUCACACGGCGAUCAACUGUCCGUUAUGCCUCCCGACUUCCAUGUCAUCGGACGGACGAACGCCGCUCCUUAUGCUGCCAUCGCACAUAACUCGAAGUCGCUUCAUGGCAUUCAGUUCCAUCCAGAGGUGACGCAUUCCCCGCCAGGAAAGCAGUUCAUUGAUCGAUCUGUGCUGAAUAUAUGCCAAUGCCGACCAAAUUGGACAAUGGUGAAGUAA